CUAUAGUCUAUACGGCUAUACCAUACCUAUUACCUAAUACCUAUUUUAAUUUAUAAAUUGGAUUUACUUUAGUAGUACAGUUGUACUGACGUACCCAUUAUUAUUUUAUUGUGUUUUAUUAUAUUAUUUACUUUAUCUAAACGUAUACGUACUACAAAAAAAAAGAAUGGCUACGAUAUUUGGCGUAUCGUUGAAUCCUUUUUCAACGCCUGUAGGUGAAAAAAUUGAACUUGCAACUGAUGGGGGCUUGGCUUCUGAAAAUUGGUCACUUAAUAUGGAAAUUUGUGAUAUGAUUAAUGACACAGAAGAAGGUCCUAAAGAUGCAAUUAAAGCAAUUCGUAAAAGAUUGCUUCAAAAUGCAGGAAAAAAUCAUAAAAUUAUUAUGUAUACCUUGACAGUUUUGGAAACAUGUGUAAAAAAUUGUGGUAAACGAUUCCACGUUUUAGUUUGUAACAAAGAAUUUUCUCAGGAUUUAAUUAAACUUAUUGGGCCAAAAAAUGAUCCACCAACCAUUGUUCAGGAAAAAGUGUUAAGUCUUAUUCAAAGUUGGGCAGAUGCAUUUCGUAAUCAACCUGAUCUUCAAGGAGUUUACCUUGUGUAUAGAGAACUUCGUCAAAAGGGAAUUGAAUUUCCUAUGACAAACCUUGAUACUAUGGCCCCAAUACAUACACCACAUAAAAGUUAUUCUGAAGAGCUCAAGCCAGUAGUCAGUUCACAUUCAAAUGAUCAAACAAAUAGCCGUUCAAACAGACCAGAUCAACUUAAUAAACUGAAUUCUGAUUUAGAGUUAGUUCGUGGCAAUAUGACGGUGUUGAAUGAAAUGCUCUCAGAAUUGGUACCAGGAAAAGAAGAUGGAUCAGAUGUUCAACUUUUAACUGAUUUGUAUACCACAUGUAAAGCAAUGCAAGAAAGAAUUGUUGAACUCCUUGCUAAAUUAUCAGAUGGUGAACUUACUGAACAACUUUUGCUAGUCAAUGAUGAUUUAAACAAUCUUUUUCUACGAUAUAGCAGAUACGAAAAAAAUAGAGAAGCGGGAUGUAGCUCUGUUUCUGUUGAUGGCCAAUCUAUAAAAACAACUGAUUUACUUCAAGGUUUUAUUGAUGAGCCAAUUGCUACAACUUCAAACCAAUUCUCAAAACUGAGUGUUAAUAAUGAAAAGCCUAAACAAAAUCCACCUGCAGAUUUGCUUACUAGUAUUCACACAGAUGACUUUGAUAUGUUUGCUCAAUCUCGAUCAGUAUCAUAUGAAAAUACAAAAGUUGGUGGAAGUAGUUAUGAUGCCAAUUUAAAGCCAGAUCAAGUUAACAGUUUAGCUUCUUUGACUCAAGCUCGAUCACAAAAUGUGACAACAAAAGAUGAUUGUGCUCAUGAAGAUGUCAUCAGGAUGCAUAGUGAACAGGAUUUCGAUGAAAUAGCAGCUUGGCUCAGUGAAAAUCCAGGAAAUUCUACAAGACUUGGAGGUGAAAUCGAAGAAUCUCUAUCAAGCAGUGAAUUUGAGAGAUUCUUAGCAGAAAGAGCAGCAGCUGCUGAAAAUUUACCCACAGGAAAUAACGAAAAUGAAUCAAGACGUAACAAAGAAAAACAAGGUGAUACCAUGUUUGCUUUGUAAGGCAUUACUAUAUAAUUUUGAAGUAUUUAAUUUAUUAGUCAGUAAUUGAAUAUUAAUCAUAUAACUUGUCAAGGCGUUAAUCCUUAUCAUUGUGUUCUAAAUCUAAAGAAACCAUAAUAUUUUAAUCCAUCAUCUAAAUAAAUUGGUAUUACAUUUUUAGUUUUAAAAUAAUCACUUGUUUAAAGACUAUAUAGAUAUUCAUUCAAUAAUAUGUUUUUGGGACUUGGUGUUACGCGGUAGUUGGCCGCAGUCACUAAUGUGUGCUGUGGUCAAGCAUUUUGUCAUUAACUCCUGUUUCUUGUGAAUUAUUAAACAUAUUUUAUCAGCUAUUAUAUUUUGAUUGGGAUAAUUAAUAUAUAUAAGUACAAUACUAAGAGAAGGUUGUAAUUGUAUUUUUUUUUUUCAAAUUCCUUGUGUAAAUCAAAAUGUUAGGAAUGCUGUUACAUUUUUUUAUGAUGUACAAUUAUUUUUUAUAAAUUUUAUCAAAUUGUUAAGUGUUAACUACAAUAACAGGUAUACAAUCUCAUUCCACUUCAGCAUAUACGUUAUUAGAUUGACAAUACUGUUUUAAUAUUGUACUAUUCCAAUAGAUUUAUUUUUUAAAUUUCUAAUCUGUCAUAAAAUUAUGAAUACUAAUUUUCGUUUCUGUGCUAUGAAAUAUGAAUAAUAUUAAUAUUAUAUUUUUUAAGCUUAAACAAACCAUAAUCAUUAUUGUUUAUAAUUUUUAUUGCACUAAAAUAUUUCAACAGUCUUAGAUGUUUAGUGAUUUGGUUGUAUGUUGUUAUUUUUUUGAAAUAUUUACAUUUUCUUUACUAAAACCUUACCUCUUUUAUCUUUAUAUACCUAUGAAUUAUUCCAAUUGUUAUUUAUUUAAAAGUGUAUUUGUUGUUAAUUUAAUUUUAAUUUUAAUAAUUUACCAUAUAACCAUGUACCACUUGUAAGCACUUUUUAAUUAAAAUUUUUUGUUUGUUUAAAAUGUAUAAGUCAUAUUACAUUACCUAUAGUACAUUUAGUUUUGUGUUGCACCAUACACACUUUAUUGCUAUGGGGAUUAUUAACUUAUUUUUUAACUAAAUAUAAUUAAGGUAUUCAUUUAAUAAAAAUGUUAUGAAUCUAAUUAUUUUGUUGCGUUCACUGUGCCACAGUGGUCAUGUAAAUUUGUGCAAAUGCUAUGGGCACUAUGUUUUAAUUUCUUAGAACUGUGGGUUAAUUAAAAUGUUUGCACAGAGAUUAGUCCAUUACUAUCUUGGGUAUGCAAAUACUCUUUUUUUCAUUUGUAAUAAUUAUACUCCAUAAUCUAUUGAAAUAUUCCAUGUAUUUUUGUGAAACCAAUUACAUAUUAGUAUUAGAUAUUUAGUUAUUAAUCCAUUAGUCAAUAGUACAUACCUAACACAAAAUACUGUUUUUCAAAUCUAAAUCUAGAAACUUUUAUAAUUGUCUGAAAUGCUAAAUAAUAUUUAAUAUCACUGUAAUUAAAUUGAAUCUUAACCAUAAUAAAAGUGAAAAUAUAAUUUUCAA